UUAUCUGUACGUUAUAUCUUUUGUCAUGACAAAAAACGUCAAUUUGUCAACUAUUUUUCGUAUUUUCAUGAUCACUAUAAGAAUUUUCCGAUGAUUUGUUUUACAAUAUUAAACUCAAUUAGUUGUUAAAAAUAUGCCCAGGAUCUCUGUUAUAAUUAAAUAGCUGCAGCGAGAAAGCGGGUCGCAAUGGACGAAACGAAAAUGUCGAAGGAGUCCACUGUAAUGAAAGUUGAAGAUGGGUGCGAAGGCGGCUCAGCUCCUGGGCAGGCGAAAAGGGAUCUCGAAGAGGAGUUUAACAUGCAGAGGGCUAAAAUGAAAGAGUUAUUCUUGCAGAAAGAAGAGGACCUGCGUCAGUUGAUGCUAGAGAAGCAACAGCUUGACUCUGAGGUGCUGGGCCUGAGGGCUGAGCUCCAGCAGUUGCAGAUAUUGAGUGAAAACCAGAAGUCGGAGAUUCAAAACUUGCAGCUACUUGUCAGUGAGACGGUGGAGGCGUCGUCUUCGGGCACGGAGGAGGUGCGGCGUCUGCAGGCGCGGAACAUUGAGCUGGAGCAGCAGCUCGCACAGCUGCGGCAGCAGCAGCAGGAGCUGUCGCUGGCGCCGGCCACCUUCGUGCGCUCGCUGGCGCGCAAGCUGACCGCCGACAGCGACGCCGACCAGGCCAGCUCCAAAAAGUGCGAAGACAACGAGCUGCUGCGCUCCAUCAUCCAGCCGCUGGAGAUGGAGAUCACGGCGCUCAAGAACAAGCUGCGGGAGAACGACGCGCAGCUGCAGGAGGCCCUGAAAGCCAAGGCGAGCGCGGCCAACGCGAACGGCAGCGGCGGCGACGCGAAGGCCGAAUCCGAGCGCGGCGGCUGCGACAUGUGCGCCAACUACGAGCGCCAGCUGGUCGCCGAGCAGGCGCGCGCCGACGCCGCCCGCGAGCGCGCGCACACGCACCGCCAGGCCCUCGCGCUCGCCACGGAGGAGCUGGAGGGCGUGCGCUCCGUGCACGACGAGACCAUCCGCAGCUGGCAGGCCGAGCGCGCCGGCGGCGCCGCGCGCCUGGCCGAGCUGGCGGCCGCGCUGCGGGACGCGCGGGACGAGCUGGCGGCGCGCGCGCGGGACGCCGACGGCGCCUCGCAGCGCGCGCUGCAGCACGUCACCACGCUCACCGUGCAGCGCGAGACGCUGCAGCGCAAGCUGGACAGCCUCGAGCGGGACAACGCGAUGCUGAUCGGCCAGUACACCAAGAAGGCGGCGGAGAUGCAGAACGAGAUAAUCAACCUACCGGACAAUGUCGCGGAACUGCAGGAGCUGAGCCUGCAGCUGCGCGAGCAGCUCAUCGUGUGCGAGACGGGGCGCGAGCGCGCGGCGGAGGCCGAGCACGAGCUGCGCGCGCAGCUGCUGCAGCACGCCGCGCUGCUGCACCGCCGGGAGGACGAGCUCGCGCAGCGGGACGCGCAGCUGCGCCGCGCGCAGGAGGAGUUAGACCGGUUGCAGACUGAACGCGAGCAGAUGAAGGAGCUGGCGGACAAGCUGCGACACUCCAACGACAUGAUCGAGCAGUUACUGGAGGACAAGAAGCGACUGCAGACGGAAGUGAGCGAGGUGCGACAACGGGUCGGUGUGUUGCAGCAGGAGCUGGACAACAGCGAGAAGGUGCAGCAGGACUUCGUGCGGCUCUCGCAAUCGCUACAGGUGCAGCUGCAGCGCAUCCGCGAGGAGGAUACGGAAGUGCGGUGGCAGCACGACGAGGACGUGAACGAAUGUCCCGCCUGCCAUACCUCACUACCCACUGUCAAGAAGAAGGUGCACUGCCGCCACUGCGGGCGCAUCUACUGCGGCGCGUGCGUGUCGCACAGCGUGCCCAGCGGGCCGCGCGGGCUGCCGGCGCGCGUGUGCUCCGUGUGCCUCACGCUACUGCAGCCGCACGCCGCGCCCUACUUCAGCACGCGGCCCCCGCACUCCCCGGACUAGCGAGACCCCCCCCACCGCACCAACGACCUCUCCGCCUCCGUUAGCAUCGCCACCGAUACGUCGAUCGUUAUUGCUAUUUGACCGGUGCCGAUUGAUAAAAUCUCAUAAAGGGAGCUGUAUAAAAAAACCAUCGAUGCAGAGAUACUAUUAGUACACUUUUAUUUUAUUAAUCUUACACACGUACACUGCGGAUCAAACGAAAAAUAUUUUGCAGAACCAUACACUUGAACCAAUAAAAAAUUUCAGUUCAAUCUUGUUCAAGUUUCACCUAAUUUUUUUUCUGAAAAAUGAUUUCCGAAUCUAAUUGGAAUAAAGUUCUACUGGUACUUCUGUAAUUACAAUAAUCGAUAAUGGGAUACAAGAUAUAAUCGCUAGUAAAUAAUGUAACAUUGAUUUCGUUAACAAUACACAUACGUUUAGCUUAAUGUACUAGGAAUUUAUUGUUUUAUGUAUAGCUAGUUUAGUGUAUUGUGAGGUAACCAUCCAUACAAGGCUCUCACUGAUUCCCUUGCGUUUGGCUUAUUUCAAAACUAACGACUCGUCUUUAUAUAAUUCUUUCGUUGGUGUAUUGGUGGCUAUUUUCUAUAUUACAUUAAUCUCAUUGAAUUAUUGUAAAUAACUUAACGCAUAGAAUCCUUUAGUGUAGAUAGUAUGAAUUAUGAAAGGUUUAACUUUGAUAACUGCGCUGCAGUUCGACGCUGUUGCAUUUCAAACGUCUUUACGUUGUUACGUUUUAUAUUUUAAGGAAUUGGCGCAAUAGACCCUGGGGUCAAGUGAUAAAUAAAAAGUGCUAAUGAACAUAUACAAUACGUUAUGGGGGAUACUCAACGGUUCCAUAUUAUGCGGAAAUUUACUGAGUAUUUAUUCGAAAAUAAUAAUAACACAAAAAUUUUAUUUACAUGUUGCAGUUAUAUGAAUAUCCGAACGCGUAAACAAGUGAUGUAAUCACUUCUAUCGCCAGACAUGUAAUGAUUCUUGUUGUGAUGACACUCAUUAUAAGCACGUAUAGCAUAUUCCAAUCGAAGUAGGAAAAAAGAUAAACCUUAGAUUUACGUAUUUCAUGCGAUUUGCUAAUAACUCAGCUAUUAAGAGUUUAUGAUUAACACAUAUUUCUUUAUAAUACAACACUAUUACACUUGAAUAUUUAUUUCCACUUAAUUUUACUUCCAAAAUUCGAAUAAGUUUCGUCGACGAAAUCAACGAACAUCAUAGAUUAAACAAGCUCUCAACCAAUGAUAUCGCGUCAAAUAUUGUUUAUUUGUCUUUUUUCCUCUUACGAUUGGAAUAGAGUAUACACACAUUUGCAAACAUCUGUUGAGGCGGUAGACACUGCCUUCAUUGUUAUCAGAUUAAACUCCAAUUUCAGAAACGGUAUCCAAAUUACAUAUUUUUCUUUAAUCUGAUUUUUUAUUGGUCGUGGUAUCCGAUGUCAAUAUAGGCGACCAAUGAGCGUGCAGUAGUCUCAUUACCGUUUUAGAAACUCGAGGUAAAUUUACGUUAUUUACUUAACGGUCACGAUAAUCCGCAUAAUGUGCUAUUACUUGAGUGUUACGUUAAAUAAAUGUAGUUAAUAUUGUAAGAUAGAUAUUUUAUUGUAAAUAAAGAGCUCGAUAUUGAAAA